UCAAUUGAAUGUCACGCUUUGGUGCGUGCUUCAUACAAUACUCAUCACCUGUGAUUUAAAAUAAUUCGUCACGUAAAUAUACGAUGGGCUCAGAAUGGCAACGGAUUUAGCCCUUAUCAAAAUCAUUUAUAUAAUGUCGAUAACCUGCAGCCGUUUAGGAUGGGUGGCUGCAUAGGAAUAACGCGCAGUAGAAGUGGAGCCAUUGACGACUCCUCGGGGUCGAUAUCGAGACCCAAUUCAGGAAGUAACCGUAAGAAUCACCCCCUGUGCCAUGAGACUAUUAGAUGGAAAUCGGACGUGCCGUUGACGGAGGGCCAAUUGCGUAGCAAGAGGGACGAGUUCUGGGACACUGCUCCAGCCUUCGACGGCCGCAAGGAAAUCUGGGACGCACUCAGGGCGGCCGCCGUCGCCGCGGAGACAACAGACUAUGAGCUUGCCCAGGCCAUCCUUGAUGGAGCCAGUGUCUCUGUACCUCAUGGCUACCUGACUGAGUGCUAUGACGAAUUAGGUGCUAGGUAUCUGGUUCCUAUAUACUGCCUCAGUUAUCCCAUAAACAUUGUCAAGGAGGACAAUGGUCGAGACUCCCCUGCCGAAUACUCAGAGCCAGUUGAUGGUGGCACAGAGACCACAAUCAAGCUGAGACUCUCCAAUAACUGCCUAGACAUCAAGUUGAGUGUCUACACCACAGACACAAUUAGUAUGUGCAAAAAGAAACUUCAGAGUCAAGAGGGAAUCGAGUCAUCGAGACAGCGAUGGUUCUUCGGAGGUAAACUACUGGGGGAUAAGCUGCACAUCGAGGAAGCCAAAAUUCCCUCUGGAUAUAUAGUUCAAGUAAUCGUAAACACAGAACUGUCGAUGCCGUCAUGAAAUUUCCUAAACGAUCCUAGCUUGCGCGGUAAUUAUUAUUUAACGACAAACAAAUUAGCCAGCAAACAAAGCCUCUUCGGCAUCAACACGACAAAGAUAAAGCAAAUCACUUUCUUUAUAUUUUAUUCUAUCUUUAUGUUCACAAGCGCAUAUCUACCUACUAAUUUCAAUGAAUUGAAAUUCAAAUAAUAUUCAUAAUAAACAUAUAUAUUUGAUGUAUAUCGCGA